ACCUGGCCUUCGGAGUCAUGGACACCUUCAGAUAUCUCUCGCUCAUCCUUUUAGCCGCAAUAUGCCAAGUAAAAGGGGAUUUAAGUGAACUGGAGGAAUGCUUUGAAGACCCUGAGUAUGAAGAGUUAUUUAAUAUUGCCAAGUAUGGCCUCCCCAGGAGCAAGACGGUUCGCCAUAAGAAAAGCAUUAUUAUCGUCGGCGCAGGAAUGGCCGGGCUGAGCGCGGCGAAAGCGUUGCAGGACGCCGGUCACACGGUGACGGUGUUGGAGGCCAGUAACCGCAUCGGAGGUCGGGUGGAGACAUACAGAGAUCCAGAAGGAUGGUACGCCGAACUGGGACCCAUGCGUCUGCCCACCCCACACAGGAUCGUGCGGGAAUACAUUCAGCAACUUGGACUAAAACUCAAUCCCUUUAUUACGUCGGACGUGGACAACCUGUAUUUGUUUAACAACAUAAGGAGGACCCAGAAGCAAGUCAUGGACAGGCCGAACGAGUUUCAGUUUGAUCUCACGCCCGCAGAAGAACAAAAAUCGGUUGCCGCGUUGUAUGCAGAAUCAGUAGAAAGGCUUCUCAAUCAGAUGAAUGGAAAAGAUUGCUCUGAAAUACUGGACAGAUUUGAUGAAACUUCCAAACAGGGAUUUCUGGUCGAAGAAGGGAGUCUAAGCAGGGGCGCAAUCCAAAUGCUGGGAAAUUACAUGAAUAUGAACGGUCAAUAUUACGUCUCAUUCAUCGAAUCGAUUAUGGGAGAAAUCAUUUUCAACAACAGCAGAUUCGAUGAAAUCACCGGCGGUUUCGAUCAGCUGCCCUUGGAGCUGUACCGCCGCCUUGGCCAAAACGUCGUUCAUCUGAACGCCACGGUGGAGAGAAUCACGCAAAGGCAGAAAACGGUCAUCGUCCAGUAUCGCAAAAACAAUUCCUCCUUCCUCACAAGUUUAGCCGCUGACUAUGUGAUCGUCACCGCCACGGCAAAAGCCGCAAGACGGAUCAAUUUCACCCCACCUCUCAGUCACAGCAAGAACGACGCUAUGAGCUUCGUCCACUACGUCAGCGCCACAAAAAUCUUACUCGUUUGCAACGAGCGAUUUUGGGAGCGGGAUGAAAUAGUCGGUGGAAGGUCCUCCACUGACCGUCCCGCGCGAUACGUCUUUUACCCAAGUCACAACUUCACCGGUGGAAAAGACGUCCUGCUGGCUUCCUAUACUUUAGCAGACGAUUCCAUGUACUUUGCGUCUCUCAGUGAUGAAGAAUGUUUCAAGGAGAUGCUUGAAGACUUGGAGGCUCUCCACAAAAUACCUAAAGAAGAAAUCAGAAAAAUGUGUCCAAGGGUCCUGGUCAAGAAAUGGAGUCUGGACCCUUAUUCCAUGGGUGGCUUUGCCUACUUCACUCCUUACCAGUUUGGUGACCUUUAUGACGCAUUAUCAAAGCCCGAGGGUAGAAUAUUUUUUGGCGGGGAACAUGCAUCCAUUCCUCAUGGCUGGAUAGACACAGCUAUAAAAAGUGGCUUGAAAGCCGCCAGGGAAAUCCACAAAGAUGCUAAUAUGAUGUUCCAUGGGUAAAUUCAGAAGGAUAUGAUGAGGUAUCUUGGGAUUCAAGUCAUUUUUAUGCAAAGUAGCCCUGCAAUUAUAACCCCCCUCUUAAGAUCACUCUAAUCAGGGCCGGGCUGGGGGUAACAAGACACUUUAAGGCCAGCGGCCACCUAAUGACGUAAGCUCAACUGUCCGCUGGAUAUGACCGGCCACACGGUAUGCUCAUGUACCGUGCAGCCAGCCAUAUCCAGCCAAUGGCCACCCAAUCUGCUGCUGGAGCGGCAGGUCGGGGGCAAAUGGAGCAAUGCAGGGCAGUGGCCCACUGGGUGUUUGCCCUUUGUGCCAGAUGGCCAACAUACCU